AUGGGCUUACUAGAGGGACAGCGAUGGUUACUUGGAGAAGGUUUGGCUCGUGGCAAGCUAAGGGAUGAGGUAUAUUGCCAAUCGAUGAAGCAGCUCAACGGGAAUCCAAAUGGUAGACGGAAAGCGUCUUCACAGGCUGACAAUAUUCUAUGUGCUCCUUAUUGCUUUACCGCCCUCGAAGAGUUUCGAGACCUACCUGCGUUCCCUUAUGCAACAGCGAACGGCUCAGCAAGAGGCUGCGAUCUCGAAGAAAGGACCACGCAUAAAGCCUCUGACGAUGGUAGAGAUCGAGACCGCGUCAGAUGCUGCCUUCAACCCAUCCACAUUCAGGGAACCGCUGGACGUAACGGUGCGCCUGCAGAGCGCAACUACCUACACAAGCAGUCUCCCAGUCGGUUUCCCGUUCCUCGUAGACGGAUUCUCGCUCUUGGGGUCGUGAAAGUGGAGGGCAUCCACCGAGUCCCUGGUGAUAGCGACUUCGUGUCGGAACUGAAGUUGCGCAUUGAUAGGGGCAAUUAUACGCCUGACGGCGUAGAUGAUCCUCAUGUCCUAGCUUCGUUGCUUAAGCUCUGGUUGUGCAAGCUAUGCGACCCGCUAAUGCAUGAAGAGAUGUACAAAGACUGCAUUAUCUUUAGUGCCAGUCUACCAUCGCCCUCGCCUGUCUAA